AUGUCGGGAAUAACCGUUAGCGUUUAUAAUAAAAGCCCAACUUCGGAUUCAGGGGAUUGUAUAUUAAAAUAUAUUGAGUUUUUAGAAAAGAUUAAAGAUAAAAUUGCUGAAUUUAAAGGAAAGAAAGAUGCAGAUUUCAAAAACAAAUGUGAAGAAUUAAUUACAUAUAUAAAGGAAGAAAAACAGAAACUUAAAGCGUGUCAUACUAAAGAGUUGCAAGAUCUUCACUUACAUGAUGAAGAUAUAAAGCAUUUUUAUAGAAUAUGUAGUGUAAAUACUAAAUAUCUUAAUUCCUUCUCACCAGAAGAUGAAAAAACUAUUGAAUUAAAAGAUGACACAAAAAUAUCCUGCGAAACAGGUCAAGACUGUGUAAAAAAAGUAGAAGCAGAAAAAGGAAAAGAGGGAGAAGCAAUAUUACAAGUGAAUGAAAAAGACUCUAGAACGGAAACUUUAGAAACACAGAAAUCACAAGAUCAAAGCGAAAGCAUUGUCGAUGGAAAAGAUCCAAGUAUACAACAAGUAAUUCCACAUGAUCAACAAGAUGCAACCUCUCUGGAAGCUUCUGGUAAGCAUGAUCUUGAAGAACCGGAAGCAAAAGUUAUCCAUCCUUUUAGGCUGAAUGGACCAAUAGAGAAUCGAAACACAUAUUUAUAUGUACCAACUAUUCCCUCAAAUAAUGCAUUAGGUACUAAUCCAAGAGGUACUUCUACACAAAAUAACUUUGAAGGAGAAUCUGCUUCAGCUGGAAUCCAUCAAGAAAGAACUUCAGAAAUAAAUAAUUCUCAAAGCGAUGCACGUAAAGGUAACCCCCUAAAUGGUAAUGCGCAUGACUGGCAAGCUGUUGGCAGUCAUACUGAUGAAGAUCAUCUCUCCGUUGAUAAAGAUGUUGCUGUGUUUUCUACCACAGAAUAUCGUGCUGCGGAAACUUCUAUUAGUGGAAAACCUGGUGAUAGAAGUUCCCCUCUUAUAGUUACUGAUAGUGCAGAUGAUUGUAUGAUAUCCCUUUCUUCUGUAGGUACUGCCGACGUAGGGGUUAGUUCUGCAUCAUCAGACCAUACAACUUCUAGUGUUAAAAGUAAUAUUGCAAAUGCUUCUCAUAGUGAACUUGAUCUUACUAAAGCUGAUGAUAAUGCAUCCACUGACAGUAAAGGUGCUCAUGAUGCAGUUUCGGAUGCUGAAGCUAAACAUGAUAAGGCCCAAUGUAGUGAUAAACCCUGUAACAGUGACUCUCCUCAG